AUGGCCAGCGCUCCCGCGAGACCGCCUCGCUUCGGUAUCGACAACGCCAUGGAUUCAACAGGCAUGUAUGCAAAUGACGCCAACUCCACCGCCUCCCACGGCUCUUCCAGCCGCUUCGCUCCCGCCGUGGGCACGCGCUCCACUCCCGCCCCCGCGCCUACCGCCUUGGCAGACGUGUUAGCCCGCGCCGACGGAGACCACGUCGCGGCUCUCGACCAAGUCUUGGCUGAGCGCAACCAAUUCUGCCUCGACAAUGCCAAACUCUCGUCCGAAAAUGUGCGCAUCUGGAAUCUCAUGGGCCGCAUCCGCAAGGAGAACGAAAGCCUCAAGGCAAGGUGUGUCGAGCUCGAACGCGCUUAUGCCGCCGCACCUGCUACCAGGGGCUCGCCGCUAGGCUCCACCAACAGCGCCACGCCCGGAUCCCCAGCUGGCGGUCGCAGAAGGAUGCCCUACGGCCAAGAAAUCGAAAGGUCCAGCAGUCCGCUCAGCUCUCCACGCCACAUGCGACAAAACUCUCGAUCCGAGCUCGACCAGCGUCUCGCCUCGGCUGGCCAAACCACCAACUUGGCCAACUCCCGAGCUCCUACUGACAACGGCAACGGCGUCUCCGGCGCACCUUCCGCCUCUGCGCCCGAGCCGGCCAGCGUGUUGUCCGACACCAUUGGCUCCACCCACGCCUACGACAGCCCUGUCACCAGCGUAGACCAAGGCCCAUCGCGUAGCACUCAACCCGUCGACACGGGCCUCGAUCGCAGCGUCCAUGCCAACGCGGAUCAUCAGGCUUCCAUCAUACAGCAGCGCGCCGCUGCCCAGGCACAGGCGCAGUCCAUGUCGCUCAAUCGAUCGGCUCAAGGCCCAGACACGCUCGCCGACUCGCUCGCCAGCCACGAGAGCGCCGACUUUGAAGCCGUGGAUCGCAGCUCUGCCUCCGGCACCGACGAAAGUCCUCACUUGCACCAGUCGGCCACGCAUCCUCCGUCGUCCGCCUACGAUCGUCAUCGAACGCCGAUUCAGCAGCCUUAUGCCGCACCCUCGGGCAUUCCCGCAUCGCCGUAUCAUCCUUCGGUAGACAGAGCCGUCGAGCAGGAGCGUUCGCUCCUCGCCUCGGGUCCCAAUCGCAACCGAGCCGAGAUCACUCCGACCAUGAUCCCCUCCUCGGCCAGCUCGCGUUCGCUGGUCUCCAAGGUAGUCUCCGAGGACCGCCUCUCACGCGGCACAGGCUCUCGCAGGUCCAAGGACGACGUCAAGAAGCAUCGCGUGCUUGCUCCCCGCCUCGACUCGUCGCUGUUGCGCGUCGCCAGCGUCAAGAUCCAGGGCACCAACUACCGCUCCCCGGAUCGAGGCAAGGAAGCCAUCUCCUUCCUCAUCACCGUCGACAUUCUGCAUCCUCCGGCCUCCUGGGGCCUCAACAGCAUGGCCUCGGGCGAGCCCAGUCCACCUACCUCGUGGACCAUCGAGAAGAGCUACAGCGACAUCAUCGGCCUCGAUGCCAAGCUUCGCAGCAAGGUCGGAAAGAAGGCCUCGCAGCGCCUCGCUCCCUUGCCCGACAAGGCCCUCUUCAAGGACCACGCGCCUGCCAAGGUCGACCAGCGCAAAGCCCUGCUCGAGAUCUACCUGCAGAGUCUCAUGGUGCUGGAGCUCCCCGACAAGGACGAGGUGUGCACGUUCCUCUGCACCGACGUCGUGCCGAAUCGUAUGCGCGAUCCGCUCUCGACCAGCAAGGAGGGCUUCCUCACCAAGAAGGGCCAGAACCUCGGCAGGUGGGUCACGCGCUUCUACGUGCUCCGCAACUCGUUCCUCAGCUACUACGAGACGCGAGGCGGUGCCCAGAUCGGCAGCAUCAACAUCCGAGAUGCUCAGAUCGGUCGCCAGUAG